CUAAUUUGAAAUUUACAGUUCUGUGAAUCUUAGUAUGCUUUCACGACUUGUACGAGAGCAUAAUCAAAAGCAACAAGCCGUAAGGCGUAACAAUGAACAACUUAGGAAGGAAGCUGUACAGGCUGUUAGUGAGGUGACUGAUUCUUUAGCUGAUACUUUAAACGAAAGAGUCUCGACUAUACUCAAAACUCAGCGUGAAAUCGAGUCCGAAGCCAGAAAGUUAUCUUCUCAAUCAGUUAAAUACACGAAACAAACAAAACAAUGGUUGAGCAUGUUAGAAGGAUUCAAUUCAGCUUUAAAGGAAUUAGGCGAUGUUCAAAACUGGGCUGAAGUAAUAGAGAAAGAUAUGAGAGAAAUUGCAACAACUUUGGAAUUUGUUCACAAAGGUUUACUGAAAAGUUAUUUUAUUUUAAUCAGUCUAGAAUUCGUAAUAAAAAAUUUCAUUUCCUUUAGGAACGAUAGAGGGCCAGACGAUAACUGCGGAAAUAUCGACGGUAUCGGGAGACAAUAAGACUAAUUGAGGAAAUUUUUUUUUUUUGAACUGGAUUAAAUUUUAAACUUUUGAUCUAGUCGCGAGUUAGAUGAAAAUUUGUCAUUGCAGAUGUAAUAUUAAUUAAUAGCCACCACGUUUGCAAAAAAAAAGAUUUUUUAUCGCGCCUGUCAAUGAUUAUAUGUAUCGGUUAUGUGCAAAUUAAACAAUAGGCGCGAUAUUAAAGAUAUCAAUCAAUUUAAUCAAACUAUAUUUGGGAUGUCUUCUUUGUCUUCCUCCCAAACUUAAAUUUUUUUUUGAAAGGUAUUAACCUGUUAUGAACAAAGACUUGUAUUACGUUACCUAACUGAAAAAACGUAACAACGUAUCAGAGAAUUUGAUUAUCUAUUGUAUCUUUUUUUUUCAAUAAAAAAAUUUUUUAUCUACUUC